AUGCUCUCAGCAUCAACUCUUUCUUCCAAUGCCUCCGAUGCAUUCUCAACCACUACCUCGACGACAACUCCUGCGUCACCUUACCCUCCAACACAAAACGCCUCUGGUCAUAAUCCUUUGACAGAACUUAUUGAAACCGAGAAAAACUAUAUGGAUACGCUCAAGAUCAUUGACACCCAAUUGGCGCCUCUUUGGUCAGCACAACAAGCAGCCGAUUUCAACGACUUGUUGAACAAUGUUCGUGAUAUUCUCAGAGCCAACAAGCGAUUCUGCGGGAAACUCACCAAGAUUGCUGCGAACCCCCAGACAAUCAAGGAGCUUGGGGAUGUAUUGAUGCAAUGGGUGGAUGAUAUGGAAGUACCCUAUGCCAACUUUUCCAGAGGCUUUAUCCCCCACCUGAAUCAACGACACGACAUUGUUGAUAAUCCUGCCAUUCGCAAAUUAUUGCAGGAUCUUUCGAUGAAUGCCAAUUAUGAGAUUACACUUGAAUCGUUGUUCAAUGCACCUGUGCAGCAAUUAAAGUAUUACAAGAUGUUGUAUGGCCGACUUUUAGAGAGCGCUGAGCCGGGACGGGCUGACCACAAGCUGUUGCUCAAAGCCAACCAACGAAUUGAUACGGUGAUGCUCAUGGCCCAAAAAAGCAGUGCAAAGUCAGCUUCCUCUUCAGACCACGUUUCUUCCGCUCGUCUUCACUCCAAAGCGCUUCCUGUUGUUACACCUAUACAAACUGACAUGUCUCGUAUGUCACCUUCUGAACUCGUCUCUUUACAAAACAACUUGGAUUGUUCAAAGGUUGUUGAUGUUUUCACAGGUGCACCCACGCAAUGCACACCAAAGUUUGCCACGAAUGAUACAUCAAUCCUUGCACGCAACAACUUUGUUCUUUUGGCCGAGGAGACGCAUCUUGAAUCAUCAACACGUGUCGAUGUCGUCCUUACAAAUGAAUUCUUGAUCAUUACUCGAGAAAACACCGACGCUGCAUCCAACUCGCAUAUACUCGUAUAUCCGCCGCUCGCUGUCAGUGACAUUAUCGUCAAAUCCAAGAUGGUGGAUCGUGAGCUUGUUGGUGAAUACCUUUUGGAAGUGGACAUUCGAGACAAGAAGCGCCUUACAUUGCGUGCCGAUACCAAGGAGACCCGUAAUCGAUGGGUUGGAGCGAAUGAUGAUGCACCUAGUUCAUCUACUCUUGCACCUCAGCCAUUGAGUGUCGUUGUGCAAAAACAUGGCGGGAAACCUGCAUCAUCAUCAUCAUCAUCAUCAGUGACUAAAGGCAGCAAUCGAGAACCCCGCAAGAGCGUCAUUCGCAAACAAGACUUUUUUUCAUUCUACACAGACCAGUCGGGUGAAAUCUCUCCCCUUUCCUCUGACGAUUCUGAUACUGAAGACGCUCCUACAAGUUUUCAAUCUAAAAUCCCAGCUGUCCCACCUAAAAUGAAUGACGAGAAAAACUUGCCUGCACCACCACCACCUCCAAAGACGGCAUCUUCUUCCCAAGCUACGCCACAACAAAAAGUUAAUAAUACUGCUGGACCCAAGCCGCCUAUCAAGACGGAUAAAGGUCUCUUGGCAACACCCCAACAACAAGAUGCUAGCCGUUUGUCGCCCACUCGUGUUGCAAGCCCAGCUCCAUCAGUGACAUCUAUCAGCACCCAUGGCUCAGAAGAUUCUUCAGGUGCCGGUAGCCCUAUUCGACCUGUAUCACCACGCACUGUUGAAAUCAGUCAUGCUGUUGCUCCGGUGGCAAUGCAAGCCAUUACACAAAACAACGAUUACUUGUCAACUCCCAAUUCUCAUACAACAAAGCCUCUUCCUCGCACAUCAUCUUCUCCAAAUGAUCAAAAGCCACUUGCACCAGCUCCUGUGCGUAGCAGUUCAUUCCGUCAACAACAACAACCUCCACAACCUCCACAACAAAUGCGUUCUCAGCCUCCACCUAAUAAUAAUAAUAAUCCUGCAGCCAAGAAAGCUUUGCCUCAAGGUCCUGUAGCAUCUUCUUAUGCCACACCAUCACCGCCACAACAGCAUCAUCAUCAUCAUCAUCAUCAGGCUACACCCCCAUCACCUGGUUAUUACGCCCCACGUCCACAUCAACCAGUUCAACAACAUGUGCAACCACCACCACCACAUCCCAUGGGUCGUCCUGCUCCUUUACCAGCAUCUGCCAAUAUGCCAUCGAGUCGCUCACCUAGUCCUGGUUUGCCUCCUACUCCAGGUUACACCAAUGAUCCUUCUCGUCCACCACCUCCACCUCCAGGACAUCAUCUUCAUACUCCUCCUCAUUUACGUCCUCAACGAUCCAUGGAUGAGCUCAAUUCGCCUCCACGCAGUCCCACUCCUCAUAUGGUGAAUGGACAAACGCAUGGUAUUCGGCAAGUGGUAUUUAGCAACAAGCAGUGUCAGGUGUUUCAUUGGAAGGCUGAGUCAUGGUAUGGUGUGGAAGGGCAAUGCGUCGUUGAGGUGCGUCAAACGUACACGAAUCGAUCAUGCGUUGCUAUUCAGCUACAACAAACGGGUCAAUUGUAUUUGAAUGCAUGGGUGCUACCAAGCACGGUUAUUUGUCAUGCAUCGCCCACGGAUGUCAGCAUCUCGGUGUACAUGGGUGGACAAAAAGAGAAUUACUUGAUCCAUUUCCACUCGCCUGCUGAUGCUGUGGCCAUGUAUCAAAUCUUGCAACGGAUGCAUCAAGAAGCUCUCAAGAAUGAUAAUGGCAGUAUUCGUGCUAGUGUGGUGCCUCCUUCCAACUUGAUCCGAUCCAUGUCCAUUGAUGAUGAGCCAGCACCCAAGGAGGAUAACACGACGGUGCCUCAAUCGUUGCGUUUGGUGAUGCAAUGCAAGACCAAAUUAUUUGUACAAAACGAGCAUUCCAAAUGGAGUAGUUUUGGCAGUGUACAAAUGAAGAUUUCUCAGCAGCUACCAAGCAAACGAAUGCAUAUUGAGAUUGAGAACAAAUCGACCAAGCUUGUCAGUGCAUUGGUGCUAAGUCGUAACGUGGAACGCAUUUCCCCCAAGCGUAUCACCAUUCUUUUGGUCAAUGAGAAGGAACGACAACGUAUGGUGUACAUGGUCCAGAUCAAGGAGGAAGAAACAGGCAACAAGAUGUUUGAAUAUCUCAAAACCAAGAAUGCUGAGAAUGGAUGGUGA